AUGGAUAAGGAUAUAGUUGUGAAUGAAAAGUUUGAUUUUCUUAUGUUAAAUAUUGCUAAAGAAUGUGGAGAUAUUAAUAAUUUGAUGGAACAUUUUUUUUCCUUUUUAUUGAGGAAAACUGAUUUCAUAACAAAUUCUCAUAAUGUGGAUGAAUGUGAAAAUGUUAUACUAAAAACAUUGAGAAAAUAUUAUAAGAAAAAAGAUGAAUAUUUAAUGAAAUUAAAAAACGAAUAUAAGAAAAUGGACGAAGAAAAAAAGAAGCAAUAUGAAAAAAAAAAAAAACAAGAAGAAAAUGAACAAAAUAAUAAAAUGCAACAAAUAAAUAUAGAUAAUAAUAAAAAAGAUAAAUAUACGAAAACUAUAGAAGCGAAUACAUCAAAUAGAAAUUCAUAUGAUCAAGUAAAUAACGUAAAUAAAACUAUAAAUAAUAAUAAGAAUAAUCAACGUGUAAUCGAUCUUGAUGAUGAAAAUUAUAUGAAUGACAAUGUGAUGGAAAUGGUCAAUCAAAAUAAAAAUAAUUUAAAUGAUUCAUUAAAUCAUAUGCACCAAAAUAAACAUUUACACGAUGAAAAAAAUGAUCAAGAUAAUGAAGAUGAUGACGAUGAUGGAGAACCACCUAAAGGGAAUGGAGGGAAAACAGAUAAAUAUGUAUGGACACAAAGUAUAAAUACUUUAGAUAUGUAUAUAGAUACGAAAGAUAAUAUAAAAACUAAAGAUAUUAAAAUUGAUAUAACUUAUAAAAAAUUAUAUGUCAAAGUAAAAAAUCAAGUACUUAUCGAUGGAGAAUUUUUUAAACAAAUAAAACCAGAAGAAUCCAUAUGGACAUUAGAAGAUAAUAAAAUUAUACACAUAUUUAUUGAAAAAUUAAAUGGUAUGGAAUGGUGGAAUACUGUUAUUAAAGGAGAUGCUGAAAUCGAUGUAAAAAAAAUCGUUCCAGAAAAUUCUAGAAUGGAAGACCUAGAUGCAGAAACAAGAUCUGUUGUGGAAAAAAUGAUUUAUGAUCAAAAACAAAAAGCAAUGAAUUUACCAACCUCAGAUGAACAAAAAAAAUAUGAAAUCUUUGAAAAAUUCAAACAAAUGCAUCCAGAAAUGGAUUUUUCAAAAGCUAAUAUUAACUACGGAAAUUCAUCUUCAUCAAAUAAUAUGUUCUUCGGAAGAUAG